AAGCUCAGAAUGGCUUGAGUCUCAUGAGAGCGAGUACAGUAUAAACUUUUGGCAAACACUGCUGCUGCUGCUGCUGGUGUCAACAUAAGGUGCCCACUUGACCCACAGUUUCAGCGUCUCCAGCCCUGGAAGAGGACACUCAGCUUGAUGCACAGGACAUGGAGCCAAACUGACUGUGAAUGAAGACUCUCUUCUUUGACCUUUUUGCACUUUUUCUGAAUUUCCUCACCGCUGGGACUGCUUUGUAGAGCUGAACACAUUGGAGACCUAAGUCAGCAGCAUUGGAAGUCAUGGUCCCCUCGCUGCACUGGCUCCUGCUACUGUGGGGACUCCAAGGUCUUUGGGCACAGGACUAUGAAGAAGACUAUGAGGAAGAGGUGGUGAUACCCAAGAAGAAGAGCAAACAAAUCCCGACCAAUUCCAUAUCACAAAAUGGCAAAGCCCUCAUCGAUGAAGACUGCGGUUUGGAGUUAGCCUUCCUGAUAGACAGCUCAGAGAGCGCCAAGGACAACCAUGCCCAGGAGAAGCGCUUUGCUUCAGACGUGAUGAACCGGCUUCAGAACCUGCGGCUGCAGACCGGCCGCGGCCUCAGCACCCGUGCAGCCCUCCUCCAGUACAGCAGCCACGUCAUCAUCGAGCAGACCUUCAAACAGUGGAGGGGCAUAGACGACUUCAAGGCCCGGAUCGCUCCCAUCGUGUACAUCGGCCACGGCACCUACACCACCUAUGCCAUCACCAACCUGACGCGUAUCUACCUGGAGGAGUCGGAUCUCAGAAGCAUCAAGGUGGCCGUUCUGCUCUUCGACGGCAUCUCGCACCCCAGGAACCCGGACAUAUUUUCAGCCGUGGCUGACGCCAAGAACCAGGGCGUCCGCUUCUUCACCAUAGGCAUCACGCCUGAAGCCAAUGAGCCCGCCAAUAUGGCUCAGCUGCGACUGAUCGCCAGCUCCCCGGCCUCGCGCUACCUUCACAACCUGCAGGACAGAGGCAUUGUGGAUAAAUUCAUCAAGGAGAUUACGGCGCUGGCAGAUGAAGGGUGUCCUCUGGCUCAGAGCAAGUGUGCGUGUGACAAGGGUGAGCGGGGACCCAGCGGCCCUCCUGGCAAGAAGGGCCGUCCUCCUGGAGAUGAUGGAAGCCCUGGCCUAAAAGGACAGAAGGGUGAGAGUGGGCUCAGUGGUCUUCCGGGUCGGGAAGGAGCAGAGGGGAAAGCGGGAUACAAAGGAGAGAAGGGAGAGAGAGGGGAGUGCGGCACACCUGGAGUAAAGGGAGACAGAGGUCCUGAAGGUACUGUUGGCCCAAGAGGAAAUCGUGGACUUCAGGGUGUGAUUGGUCCACCUGGCGAUAACGGGCCUGAAGGUGCGAUGGGCAAAAAAGGGGAAAGGGGACUUCCUGGGCCACCUGGAAUCCAAGGGGAGACAGGGAUCGGCCUUCCGGGACCGAAGGGCGAUGUCGGUUAUCACGGGCCAACUGGGCCUCCUGGCCCUCCAGGACUUGGCGAGCCUGGACCCCCGGGGCCUCAAGGGCCACAGGGAGUCCAAGGGGAGAGAGGACAGAUCGGAGAAGGUCUCCCUGGACCAAAGGGAGAGCGAGGCUCUGAGGGGCCAAGGGGGCUCAGAGGACAGCCGGGCGCUGGAAUCAAAGGAGAGAAGGGGGAUUUUGGUGCUCCAGGUCUUCCAGGGCCGCUCGGCCUCCCAGGAGCUGGCAUACAGGGCGAGAAGGGCGUGGAAGGACCAAGGGGGCCACCAGGGAGCAGAGGUCCACCAGGAGAGGGCUUUCCUGGACCCAAGGGAGACCAAGGUUUGCCGGGCGAGGUUGGCGCCCCAGGAGAGAGAGGGGCUGGAGACCCUGGAGCCAAGGGUGAGCCGGGGUCACCGGGAAUGUCUGGUUUGCCCGGUCUGCCGGGGGAGGACGGAGCUCCUGGACAGAAGGGUGAGCCGGGACCUGUAGGUCUCAGAGGGCCAGAGGGGGCAGCUGGAAUUGGCACCCAGGGUGAAAAGGGUGACCAAGGCCAAAGAGGAAUUAGGGGCUUAACUGGUCCACCUGGCAUUGCUGGACCCUCGGGACCAAAGGGAGAACCAGGAGCACAGGGAAGGUUGGGUUUACCGGGUCCUCCAGGCCGUUUCGUCUCCGGGCCGAAGGGUGAUCUUGGCCCAGGUGGUCCUCCUGGUCCGAUUGGGGAGACUGGAUACGGACUUCCUGGCCCAAAGGGUGACCGUGGAGACUCAGGUCCUACGGGUCCUGUUGGUCCCAAAGGAGACGGCUAUCCGGGCCCCAUGGGCCCUCCUGGUCUGCCUGGACUUCCAGGAGAACCCGGCCUGGAAGGAGUUGGCCUCCCUGGACCAAAGGGCGAUGUUGGUUUCCGAGGACUGCCUGGUUUACCGGGACCUCCAGGCGAAGGCCUCCAAGGACCUGUGGGUAACCCUGGGCGGCCUGGCCCUCCAGGGCCAACAGGGCCACAAGGACAAGGAGUUCAAGGACCAAAGGGUGAACAGGGGGCUCAGGGCGUGACGGGGCCGAGGGGGAUGCCUGGAGAAGGCUUCCCUGGAGCUAAAGGUGACCGCGGCUCAGCAGGGGAGAGAGGGCUGAAGGGAAUCAAAGGGGAUCUGGGAGAUCCUGGAACCCCGGGACUUCCUGGUCGCCCUGGUGUCAAAGGUGAAGCCGGCCUCACUAGAGAGGACAUCAUUCGGAUGAUCAAAGAGAUCUGUGGAUGUGGGAUCAAGUGUAAGGAGAGGCCCAUGGAGCUGGUGUUUGUCAUUGACAGCUCCGAGAGCGUGGGCCCAGAGAACUUUGAGAUCAUCAAGGACUUUGUGAACGCACUGGUGGACCGGGUCACGGUGGGCCGUAACGCCACCAGGAUCGGCCUGGUGCUCUACAGCCUGGAGGUGAAGCUGGUGUUCAACCUGGCGCGAUACGUCACCAAACAGGACAUCAAGCAGGCCAUCAGGAACAUCCCAUACAUGGGAGAGGGCACCUACACCGGCACAGCCAUCCGCAAAGCCACCCAGGAGGCCUUCUACACUUCACGCGUGGGAGUCAGCAAAGUGGCCAUCGUGAUCACCGACGGACAGACGGACAAGCGAGAGCCCGUGAAGCUGGAUAUCGCCGUGCGAGAAGCACACGCUGCCAAUAUCGAGAUGUUUGCUCUGGGGAUUGUGAACACAUCUGACCCAACACAAGCUGAGUUCAUGAGAGAGCUCAAUCUGAUCGCCUCCGACCCCGACAGCGAGCACAUGUUCCUCAUUGAUGACUUCAACACCCUGCCAGCGCUGGAAUCCAAGCUGGUCAGCCAGUUCUGUGAGGACGAGAACGGAGCCCUGAUAUAUAACAGGAUAACUAACGGCUACAACGGCUAUGGAAACAACGGCUACAAUGGAUACAAUGGCAACAGGAAUGGCAACAAUGGGAACUAUGUGGUCGGUGGCUAUGGGUACCGACCUGUGACUGAGAAGGAAGUCGUGAGCGGUCGACAGAGCGGCACCAGCACUGGCACCAGCGCUCAGAGCCACGGAGGCCGGGUAGAAACCACCCAGCAAGGCAGCAAAGGAUCCAGCACAGCACAUGGAGGAGGAGGGCAGCAUGUGUUCACUGAGACACAAUUUGGAAGAGAGCGAGGGGACACAUUUAACCGCAACACCUCAGACGACGAGGACUCAUCCAGCACCCAAGGCUCCUCCUCAUCUUCAUCAUCAUCAUCAUCAUCUUCUUCAUCAUCUUCUACAAGAAUAACCACAUCAUCCUCAGGUGUAUCCAUACAGCACGUGCCUGCACCAAAGCCAGCUCUUCCCAAAGAGACAGUUCCCCUGGACCCUCGCUGCGGCCUGGUUCUGGACCAGGGCACAUGUCGGGACUAUAACAUCCGCUGGUACUAUGACAAGCAGGCCAACGCCUGCGCCCAGUUCUGGUACGGAGGCUGUAACGGCAACAAGAACCGCUUUGACACGGAGGAGGAGUGCAAGAGGACGUGUGUGAUGGGCAGAUCCACAGGAGGCUGAGUGAACGCAUCUGCCGUACAUCUGCUGUAGAUACUUCAAGGAGGGGCAGCUAAUACCAGCCAUUUUCACAGGGUUAUGUAAAGUUUCUGCAUAAUUCUCAGGCAUAAACAUGUACACUGAUGUUCCAUAUCACUGAUGCAUUACAGUUCCUGUCUUUGCGCCCCCUCCUGUACCACUUAUUGUAAAAUUAUCCUCCUCUAAUUACAGUGAAAGAGAGGCCAGCUUUGAUAGAUACCUCCGUUGUGUUUUUUUUUAUUUUUUAUAUCCGCAUCCAACGCAGGAGAUGCUCCAUCACGCCUACUCAGGAAUACAGACGAGCACUCACUGUGUGUGUCCACUUUCCCGGGGAUUCCCACACCUCUAGGACAUGAUCAUGGUUUUUCUUCGGUCUGUGAGUGAUGCAAAGAUUGUGAAAAAAAUGGACUGACUCGUAAUUAACUGGUGCCUCAUCAAUGUCAGAAUCACAAAUCACAUCAGUCAGUCGUUAUGUCAUUAAAGACAUAGUGUAGCUAUUCAAAUCACUGUAGGGCAUAUCAGCGCAUAAUCACAUCAAAGAGCCAAUAACACGACACACAUGAAGCCUCUCAUCACUUAUAUCAAUAAAAUAUAGUUUGUUCUUUUUAUAUAUAAAAUGACUGAUGCUCUGUAACUUCAUGUUGUGCAUUUGAAUGUGUUUUUUUUUCUGAAUUUGAAAUGUGAUGUUUUGUGUUUACAUGAUUUCACUUCUUAUUACUACUAACUGUCUACAUUUGUUCAAGCAGGAUGGACGGACACACACACACACAUACACACACUGCCCUCUACUGGGUAACACAUGCCGAUGUCACUGAAGUCGGUACAACAGCACAUGAUACUAGAAUUGUACUUACAGUGUUAAGCAACUGGUUUGUUACUAUAUUCCCCAGCUGUACUGACUGUAUGAAUCCAUAUUUUACAACAUUUUAUGUCAAACAUGUUUAAUAAAUCUGAUCUAAACUAAUACAGUAUUUGCAAAGACAUCACAUUCAUGUAGCAGCACUAUAUGAUUUUUUUUUCCUUUACUGUAUUUAUAUUAAAAUUCAGUCUUUCCAUAUCAUAUAAAAAAGUGGCCAAAUUAGUUACACAGAAAAUCUGUAUUAGGGCUUUAUUUUCCCAUGAUAAUUAAAUAAGUAGCAAAUAAACCAACAUGUCUAUUUUGAGAAAUACAUUAAACAUAGGUUACAAAUUCGAUUAGUGAUUAAAUGUUAUCUCUAAAGAAAUGACUUAUUUUGCCUGAUAACAGCUUAAUAUAUAGUCCAGUUUCAGCAUUAUAUCCCACCAGUUGUUCAACCAAUCAUUUGAGAGUUAG